AUGUCUGAAUAUAAUGAAAUAGGAGAAAAGCUAUCAGAACCAGUAAUAAAGUCUCUAAAGUCUCUGAGGAAUCAUAUUUUAAACUACGACUUUUUAGAAAACAAUUGUAGAUAUGAUAUUUUUCAAGAACUUUUAGCAUUCCGAAAGAGUUGGCGUGAAUUGUCUAUUUCAUUGGAAGAAAUUGAUAACAAAAUCAAUGAUGAUCUUGUUAAAGAAUUUUACGAAAAUAAUCUCUGCAUUGAUGAAUGCAAGGUGAGAGAAAAUUUUAUCAACAUUAUCUCAAAUAAUUUUGAAAACAACAUUCACCCUGCAUUUGAAAUGUAUUACCACAGAAAUGUUGAUGAAAACGAAGAUUUAAAUUCUUUAGUGUUAUCUAGUACUGAAUCUUUUGAAAAAGUAAUUAAGACAUUAGAAUUUGAUUUGGAAGAUAGAAAAAAAAAAUUGGUAGAACUUGAGUCAAUAAAACAAAAAUAUUCCGAAUUGGUUACUGAGUCAAAAUCCAUGAAUCAUCAAGAGGAAGAGCUAAACAAACAUAUUGAACCACUUAAAAAAAGCCUUGAAAUUUUCACUAAUUUUUUAGAUGAUUCAAAAGGUGAGAAUAGUGAAGGUUUUUGUCCAGAUACGUUACUAGAAUUACACAAAUAUCUGAGACCAAUUUACAUAUAUUUCAAUUCUUUUAUGGAUAAAAUCAACUCUAAAAAUGAUAAUGAUAAAGUCGUUCAUGUAACUGUUGAUGAGUAUGGCCAAGUUAUUAUUAGUAUCAAUAAACCAUUAUCAAAAUUAGUAGAUGACAAAGCUUCACAAAAUUAUAAAGAUUUUUUAGUCAGCAUUUUUCCCAUUAAAUUAGAAUUUUCUACUAUGAAUACUCUCUCAUCUCGUGAGGUUAUUUUGCUUUCUGUCGUUUUUAAUACAGAAAAACAGCUAAAGUAUCAUAUUUUUUCAGAUAUUUUGUUUGAAAAAGACAGUGGUGAAAAUAUUCCAUUAAUUGAUGAAGAAACCAUGGAUAUAUUGCCGAACGAUAUUUAUGGACAACCUUAUUAUUGGUUACAAUUUUUUGUUAAUAACAAAGAAGUAAUUCCUUUAAAAGUAACUGAGAUGAAUAUUGAUCCUAGUGAUAUAUUCAAAAUUAUUGAGUAUAGAAUUCAAAACUUUGUCUUUUUCAAUUUUAUGUUAUAUCUAGCAUCAAUUGGACCUAAAUUAUUUAUUGAUUUUAUUUUAUUUUAUUUAAAAAUUGAAUUUUUAGACACCCAAGUAAUUGAAAUAAAUUUGGAAAAAUAUAGUUUAAAUACAAUUAAUGAAUGCAACAAACAUUCACUAAUAAUUAAAGUCAAUAAUAAAAAUAUUUAUAUUGAAAUCAAUCUGUCAGGAAAUAUGAGUUAUUGCAUAACAUUUGAUGAAUCAACGUACAGAGAAGAGUUCACAUUCACCAAAAACGAAUUUAAUAAUAAUAAUUUAGUUUAUAAUAGGGAAAUUACAAGAAAUUUCUGUAAGAAAUUGUUUCAAAUAUUGUCAAAAAUCCAACAGAAUUGA